CUCCCUUUUGGAAAUGUAUCACAAUUAGGCCCCAAACUUCUAAGCACCAUUUCAAAGCAAUUUAGCAUAAACAAAGGUGGUUAUUUCAGUACAGUGUGGUUGUCGACUUGUCGUAAGCAUCACCUCUCCUCCAUGCUCGGCGUCGCCGGCGGCUGACACUUUUCUCUCUCUUCAAUCGUCCUUUCUUUCCGCAUUUCUCAAGGUUUAUACUAGGGGGCCUCAAGCGCGUAGCGGUUCUCUCGAACCAACCUUCUGUCCGGGUAUUAGAGAGCAAUCAUAGGGAAAUGGGUUCCAUAGUUGCUGAUAAGAGGGCAUCGGAAAACGGGGAUUGUUCUUUGCUAGUCUCCCCACCAAGAUAUACACGGCGGAAAGUCUCUGCAAUCCGUGAUUUUCCUGAUGGAUGUGGGCCAAAUGCUGCAGGAAUUAGCCUUCAACUGAAGGAAGUGGGAAGUAGUGGGAAAAAAGAGUGUGGUGCUUUAAUAAAUGUAGAUUUUAGUAGGGAAAAGGGUAGCGAUGUUUGUGGAGUGAUGGAAAACUUACUUCCAGAAGAAAAAGUUGAGUCACGAAGUCAUGAUGUUCCAUCGUGCUCAAAUGGGAAUGAACAAGAGAAAUCUAAUUUGAAUAAAUGUGAUGAGGUAGAACAGGAAAAUGAAGAGAAUUUGAAUCUGCCAGAGGAUAAUCCUAAAUCAUUUGAAGUCUUGUCAAACAUUGAUGAGGAUUCUAAGUCAGAAAAAGAAAUUCGUGAUACGUUACCUGAGUUAAUUGAACGGAUCGUAGAGUCGCCCAGUGCAAGAAAGGAUAUUGGCAAUCUUGAUCUUGCUAUUGAUGACAAAGCGUUGUUGGAUAAGGGAACUAGUGUACAACAUUGUUCAUUACCACAUUAUCCUGUCCCUCCAAAUCUUGUUUGGAAGGAACCUAAAUAUCCUCCUCGAAGAAAAGUUUCUGCUGUUCGUGAUUUCCCUGUCGGCUGUGGGCAUAUUGUGCCAAAGCUCUGUGAUACUAAAGACCAACAUUUUGAUCAAAGGGAGCCAGAUUCCAAAAUGGAGAAAGCUAUUGUACUAUAUAAUGCAAAUCUAGUUGGAGUAGAGCAUGAAGCUGACAAUGUCGUCAAGGACAAGGAACAAGGUCUUGCUACUGUAAAAGGUGGGAAUACAAUUGUACAUCAUUGUGAUUCUGAUAGAACUCCUUUGUUCAGAAAAUCUUAUGAGACAAGGGGACAAGAGGAAAUUUCUGAAGAUAAAAAUGGUGAGCAAUUUGAAAAAGAGAUUGAACUACCAGAAUUUUAUGGAAAAUGUGAGAGAGAUACAGGAAAUUUACCUGAUGGACUAGAAAAAGAGAUAAUGGUUUAUUUUAAGGAUAAAAACAAGAAGAGAAAGUCAAUUGGUGCUCCCUGUAAAAAUGUAGGAGCAGGAAGUGGGUCGAAGCUGGUUAUCGUACAAGGUCUUAUGACUGCAGACCACUGCCCAUGGAGGGUGGGGAAAGGAGUAGUUAAAUCAACACCAACUGUGGCUAAGAAAAAAAAAGGGAAGUGUGACAUUUCUAGCCAAGGUACACGCAAGGGAUCACCCAAUAAAAACAAAUUGGAUAGCAAGGUCUUGGCAGAAAGAGGUAUGAUGGUGAUACCUUAUCACGAGGAGGGCAUAGAUGAGAUUUCUAGGCCACUGGAUGUCAUAAAUGAUAGCGACUCUUCUGAGAAUGAUGAACUUGACGAUUAUCAGCUGCUUCCAAGAGAUGAUGUAGAUGUCAAUCUUACCCCUCGUGUUUCUAGCUCUUCAAGUGAGAGAGGUAUGCGUGCUAAGGUACGUGAUACAUUGCGCAUAUUCCAGGCUGUUCAUAGAAAGUAUUUGCAAGAAGAAGAAACAAAGUCGAAGGAUCAAGAGAACGCCAGUAAGAGGGCUGAUAUACGUGCUGCAAGGACGCUCAAGGAGGCUGGAAAAUAUAUCAACACAGUGAAAGGAAUAGGGCCUGUUCCUGGAGUAGAAGUAGGUGAUAUAUUUAACUACCGCAUAGAACUCGCUAUAAUUGGGCUUCAUACACCCCUGCAAGGUGGUAUAGAUACAAUCAAGGUCAAUAAACAACCGAUUGCGAUCAGUAUUGUGGCUUCUGGAGGUUAUGCUAAUGAUGUGGAUAAUCCCAAUGUACUGAUUUAUACUGGUCAGGGAGGAAACGGUACAGGUGGAGAUAAGCAGCCUGAAGAUCAGAAACUUGAACGAGGAAAUUUAGGGCUGAAGAAUUGCAUAGAUAAAAAGACUCUGGUUAGGGUUAUUCGAGGGUUUAAAGAGACAAAGGCUGUGGAGAGUUCUGAUGGAAGACCAAAUAAUGGAAGAUCAAAAACAAUUGCAACGUACACUUAUGAUGGGCUAUACACUGUUGAAAAAUACUGGCACGAUCUUGGUUCCCAUGGAAAGUUGGUCUUCAAAUUCGAGCUGAGAAGGGUUCCAGGUCAGCCAGAGCUUGCUUGGAAGGAAAUGAAGCAGUCCAAGAAAUUUAAAGCACGUGAGGGUCGUUGUAUAGCUGAUAUUUCUGAUGGAAAAGAGGAUGUCCCAAUAGGUGCAGUCAAUACCAUUGAUGAUGAGAAACCACCACCAUUUACAUAUAUUACGAGCAUGAUGUACCCUGAUUGGUGCCGGCCUAUACCCCCUAAGGGCUGUGAUUGUAAGAAUGGAUGUUCAGAUUCAGAGCACUGUGCUUGUGCCCUUAAGAAUGGAGGGGACAUACCAUACAAUUACAGUGGAGCUAUUGUUCAAGCCAAGUCCCUUGUAUAUGAAUGUGGGCCGUUGUGCAAGUGCCCUCCAUCUUGUCACAAUAGAGUCAGCCAACAUGGUAUCAAACUUCCUCUUGAGGUCUUCAAGACUGACUCUAGGGGGUGGGGUGUAAGAUGUCUAUCUGCAAUUCCAUCAGGUAGCUUCAUAUGUGAAUAUAUAGGGGAAUUGCUUGAUGACAAGGAAGCUGACCAAAGAACUAGCAAUGAUGAAUAUCUAUUUGAUAUUGGGCAAAACUAUAAUGAUUCUACUCUUUGGGAAGGACUUUCAGAUCUCUUGCCCGAUAAGCCAUCAAGUAGUGUUGAUGUGAUAGAAAAUGUCGGUUUUACCAUUGAUGCGGUGAGUUAUGGGAACGUUGGGAGGUUUAUCAAUCAUAGUUGUACUCCUAACCUAUAUGCACAGAAUGUCCUUUACGACCACGAGGACAAGAGAAUUCCCCACAUAAUGCUGUUUGCAGCAGAAAACAUUCCUCCUCUACAAGAGCUUGCUUACCAUUACAAUUAUAUUAUAGAUCAGGUUUUGGACUCCGAAGGAAAUAUUAAGAAAAAGAGUUGCUACUGUGGCUCAAUGGAGUGCAGUGGUCGGAUGUAUUGAUGAACUCCUUCAACUUGCCUUGACACUGUAAAAAUUGAACAUAUAGACUUCUAUCGUCGACGUUGGAUCCCUUUUAGGCUGCAAUUUUCAGUCAUAGCAGCGUUGUCGUAGGUUUUUGUAUUUUUCUUUUACAGCAGCAAGAACAAAGAAUUACGCAUGUUUUACUUCUUGCUGAAAGAAACAGAAUUUAGCUUCUUCCUAGGGCCGUUAACUGGUUUUGGAUUCAAUUUACGCUUUUCUCUGUGUACUGCUGUAGUUUUGCACUACACUUGCAAUUUUGUAACUUUACUGAUACAAAAUCAGCUUUAGGAAAGAAAACACACACACAAUUCCUGGUGCGGUAUGGCGGUAUGGCUAAGUGGCUAACAUCAGUCAAGCUAAAAUCAAAGGCGUAAGCAACUGCAGAUGCCAAUUAGUAAUUGUACUAGUUCGGAACCAAGUCCAAACAACAAAUCCAAGGUAGUUGGGUGUGUUUAGCAGUUAUCCGCAGAGAAGUGCAGAUGGCUCAGUGUGAGGCAGAAUGUACACGAGCUAGGCAGAGAAGCAUAAGCGACAUUUCAUGUAAUCUAAGACUAUGCUGGAAAAUCCACAACAUGACAUUGAAAGUCUGGAAUUGAGGACAAACUCAGCAGUGCUUCUGUAGGGUAUAUACUGAGCAAAUGUGUUAAAAAUUUAAAAUAGUCUCGAAUACAAAUUUCUUUAAGCAUGCAUGUUUUGUUUGUCAAUGUGUGAUUUCAUACAUCAAUAUUUUCAUUAUACAAUUUUUUAUUGGGAAAAUAUAUAAAAUUUGUACUUUGGAAGAUAAGGAGAUUAAAUUAAUUAAAAUAAAAUUAAACUAAAUCACAUGAAUAAAAAGUUAAAUAAAAAUUGUCACAUGUAGAAUGUUAAUAAUAACAUUUUUGAAAUGAGAAAUUCUCUUUGGUAACAUUGUAGACUUAAAUU